UAACACUUUGGAAGAAGAACAAGAACAAAGAAGAAGAAAAGACAAAAGGAUUUGUAAGAAAAUGGGAAGAGCUCCAUGCUGCGACAAGGCAAACGUGAAGAAAGGGCCUUGGUCGCCUGAAGAAGAUGUGAAGCUCAAGGACUAUAUCGACAAAUAUGGCACUGGAGGCAACUGGAUCGCACUGCCUCAAAAAAUUGGGUUGAAGAGAUGUGGUAAGAGUUGCAGACUGAGAUGGCUUAAUUACUUAAGACCAAACAUCAAACAUGGUGGCUUUUCCGAGGAAGAAGAUAGUAUCAUCUUAAAUCUUUACAUCAGCAUUGGAAGCAGGUGGUCUAUAAUUGCAGCUCAGCUUCCUGGAAGGACAGACAAUGAUAUCAAGAAUUACUGGAACACCAAACUGAAGAAAAAACUGCUUGGAAGACAGAAACAAAUGAAUCGUCAAGACUCCAUCACCCAUCAGAAUGAAAACAAUAUCAGCAACAACAACAACAAGAGUCCUCAAAAUCUGAGUAACUCUGCUCUAGAGAGGCUUCAACUUCACAUGCAGCUUCAAAACGUACAAAGCCCCUUCUCCAGUUUCUACAACAACCCUAUCUUGUGGCCCAAGCUUCAUCCAUUGUUGCAGACUAUUCCUGAUCAAAACUCUAAGCUAGCAUCCCAGGAAACCCUCCACCCUCUAGGAGUUAACUUUGUUCAUCAGAAGAGUCAUAUCAAUCUAGCUGAGCUCAGCAAUGGAGUAUCUCUUAUCUAUUCAGAGAACGUAGAGCAAGCCAUAAACCCUGCUCACGGAUUUCAACCUAAUUUGGUUUUUUCGCAGGACCUUCAGUUAGAUAAUCAUAACAUGGACCUUAUGAGCAGAUGUGAUUCUAAAGAAUUGUUUCAAGUGGGCAACGAGUUUGGGCUAACGAACGAUUCGAACUGGUGGUCGGAAGAAGUGGAGCUAGAGAGGAAAACAAUGUCGUCGAGUUCUUGGGCAUCAUCAUCUGUUCUUGAUCAGACGACUGAAGGAAUGGGUAUACUUCAAGAGUACGCUCAGAUGAGCUACCACAGUGUGUAAUCAUUUUUAUUUGUCAUGCAUAUGUACAUGCAUGUGUAACUACUAUAGCUGGAUUAUUGAUGAGUUGUGUAUUAUUACAGUCAUAAGCUUAUUAUAGCAUGUUGAGGGCGAAAGGGGUUUUUUUCAUUUUCUUUUUAACUGUAACGAUUUGUUGAUAAUAAUAAUGUAAGUCAUUAAUUUUACUAGCU